AUGGAAUCGCUUGGUACACAAAACCCCGAACAUGGUUCAGACCAUUCAUCAUCCGGCAAUACAUAUGCCUGCUCACAGCAGAACAACGAAAACAGCCGCAAACGAAAGUUGUCUAUUGAGCAAGAUACUAUUGCAUUGGAGCCAAAUGCAAAAUAUCAGUUGACUGAAAAGGCUGAUACGUUGAACGAAGUAGUCCGAAGUUCGUUUCCGCGGUUGAAUGUAAAUCUUCUAGAUCUUAGCGACGAAAUUCUACUAAUGGUAUUGACCCAUCUUGACGGCAACAGCCUACUUCCGUUAUCGAUGACCUGUAGCAGGUUAAAACGAAUAAUAGCAGAUAAAACACUAUGGACGACGGUGGAUUUCACUUCGGCAAAGCUGAUUACGUCGCAGGUACACCAACGUGUGAAAUAUUUACAAGCAGGAAGUACAAAAACAUUGAUGCUGCGUGGCAUGACUAGUUUAUAUCCAGCAGAACAUUGGAAUGUACCAACUGUAACUCCCACAAUUUUAAGGACAAUAGCAUCCCGAUCUCCUACACUGGAGCGCUUAGAGCUUACAGAAGCUUAUUUAGAUAUGAACGAAAUUAAUAUUCUUAUGUUUCCUUGCACGCUGCGUUCGUUGGUACUGAGAAAAUGUGCAUUAUCUGUUCAAAAUAUCCAUGAUCAUUACAUGCUGCACAAUCAACAGAUGCGAUCUUUUUUGUCAAACAUAUAUAAACAUCUUAUCGCUUUAGAAGAACUUACAAUCGAGUACUGCUCGUGGUUCGAUACACAUGAUUUUAUGGUCCUUUCUAAGCUUCCUAACCUGCGCUAUCUCAGUCUUAAAGGCUGCGUGAAUAUUAAGGACUGCGUCCCCUACGCUAGUUUGGCGACAAGGUUCGGCUUCAAAAAAUUAGAAGUACUCGAUUUACGUGAUACCCCGAUUUCCGAUUCCGAUGUCAGUUGCUUCAAUAUUGUGCACUCAUUGAAAGAAUUGAUGCUUGAAUGCCCUGAGCACCUACGAACGGAACGAGGACUACAAGAGUAUAACGACGCAGAACGGCAACGAGUGGAACAACUACAUCGUUUAGCUGCACCCGAUCUGAAUCAAAACGAACGAGAAGAGAAUAAUGCUGCCAAUCAAGUAAAUGUUGAUGUUGCUCCUCUAAAUAUACCUCCAAGGCAUGGCGUAUUGGAGAUACGUAUUGUUAAUGAAGAACAUCCUGCACAAUUGAACCGACUCCAGGAUAAUAUAUUACGUAUUAUUCGACGACGAGACGAUCUAUUGCAAAACAAUCAACGACCACCGCCACCUGCUGCAGGAGGACAAAGGCCAGCUGCACCUCCAUCGCCUCCGCUCGUGGUUAAUAUUGCACGAGUAUUUGUACCAGCAGCGCAACAGGCUGCACAACAGCUUCCACCAGAGGAUGGUCCUGCCCAAAUCGCUGGCGGUAGAAACGAUAACAAUCCCAACAACCAUAACAACGCGGAUCGGCAACAAAUUGUCCGCAUAAUUAACAGAGAAAUGUUUCUGCAGCGUCGAGAACCUAUAGGAUGGGACUUUGCGCAACACCGGUUAUUCCCAAAUGCAUUACGCCCUCUAGUACUUGAUCCGAGAGCUGCAAGAGCAGAGAGAGACCCCAAUGCAGUUCAUGGUGCCGAACGACCUGUGGAACCACCAGAAAUUUAUGUACAAUAUCGUCCAGUUUUGAAUCCAAGACAGAAUAACAAUUUAGCUCAAGAUGAUGGACCAGAACCGAUACAGCAACCACCUCAGAAUAAUCCUCCACGACAUUUACCUCACGUAAUUAUUAUGCCAGGAAUUGGCCAACCUGCUCCGAAUUACGUGUCUCUAGUUAGUGAUCGUGGAAUAUGUGCAUACGGAGUAUCACGAAAUGAACUAAGAGGCGUCCUGAUUGGUGGGCCUUUACAUCCGAAUUUGACCGGUUUAGAACGUUUGUCUGUUCGUAAUUAUAAGCUCGUUACCGAUACUUCGUUGGAUCAUCUCGAAUCAGCAGCGCCCCAUCUGAAACUGUUAGAUGUUACUGGCACUUCGGUGACUAUGGAAGGCAUUCGUAAUUUUAAGUUAUCUCGACCAGGUUGUAUUGUCUUAUCAGAUUACGAUAUAUCAUAAUGUAGUAAUCUUCGUAAUUUUUGAAGCGUAAGAAAUACUUUUUUGUAAUUUAUUGCAAAAUCGGAAAUAAUAUACUGUGAAUGUUUCGAACCAUGCCAGAAAUAAAAUUGAAGCAAGAGUGGUU